AUGUGCAAAGUGCAAAUGCUGAGAGCUCUGCUUAAUCAGCGACUAAGUGCGGCCGUCGAAGAGGUUGUGGUGGUGUUUGAAAGAACCAUAGCGGAGUACGAGGAGGAGCUUUGUCGGACCAAAGAGGAGAACGCGAGACAACGGCAACUAUUGGAUGCUGUUUUUAAAAAGCCCAGAGCUGAAUUGCACGUACAAGACGACGGUGAGGAAGAUCUUCAUCUGGAGCAGCGGGAGCGCAGCAGCCAAGUGGAGCAGGAAGAACGAGAACCCCCUUACAUUAAAGUAGAAGAGGACAGAGUUCAUCUUCAAGAACCGGACUUAUCUGUGUACCGCAUCAUCGUGAAAAGUGAAGACGAUGAUGACAAAUAUCAGCGCCAGGAGACCCGAGAAGUGGCACGUCCCAGCGGCAGCUCUGUUCACCGCGGAAGUCGUGUAGCUCCGCUGUCAGAUAGUGCUGAUACCAUGUCUGACACGGAUGACGAACCCUCCAAAAGUGAUGCGAUGUGCCACGCUGAUGACAAACAUGUGAAAUGUUCUCAAUGUGACAAAACAUUCGGAAACAACCGGAAUCUUAAACGCCACAUGAGGUGUCACACAGGAGAGAAACCUUUCCUCUGUUCGCAUUGUGGGAAAAGAUUUUCUCGCAAGGAUUACUUGAUAACACACACCAGAAAACACACAGGAGAAAAACCCUUUUCCUGCUCUGUCUGCAACUCCAGUUUUACCUUUCAGUCGGCGUUAUUUCAACACAUGGAAACGCACUUUGGGGAGAAGCCGCAAUGCCCACAGUGUGACAAAACCUUUGGCAACAAGCGAAAUCUCAUACGACACAUGCGGCGUCACACAGGGGAAAAGCCGUGCGUCUGCUCCUUCUGCGGUGAACGAUUUUCCCUGAAGAGAAGUUUGAUACGACACAUUAGGACACACAUUGGAGAAAAAACCUUCUCCUGUUCCAUCUGCAACACGAGUUUCUGCUAUCAGUCUGGUUUAAGUAAGCACAUGAAAAAACACGCCGGUGAGAGUGCCCCGCUCAAGUGCGUGUGA